AUGCUUAUGAAGAACAUGAGCGGCACAGCAGACAGCACCUCCCCAGCCUCAAUGGCCCUCUACACUGUCAUGUACCCCGUGUUUACUCAGCUGGAAAAAGAAGACAUAUCUUCUGCCACACAGACCUUGAAAGCAGCCUUUAUCAAGGCAGAAAAACACAGUCCUGGUCUUACACAACAGAUUCUAUUAAAAGUACUGCAGAAGGAACAGAUUCAAGUCAACUAUCAUGAGUGUUUGCUCCGGAUGGCUGCAGAGGAAUUUGAAGCUAUGAUGAUUGAGCGGAAAGAGCCGGAGUUCCAGAGCUUGAAUAAGAAAGCCCACACUCUUAAACGUGUCCUCAGCACCAUCCCUGAUGAAAUCCUCGACAAAGUGAGCUUCCUCCAGACUAUCAAAGACAUCGCUGGUGCCAUCAAAGAGCUUCUGGACAUCGUGAAUGCCAUCUUCAGAUCACAGCAGUAUCAGAACAGAUGGGCCAUGGAGCAGAAGAAGGAGUUUGUAAAGUGCUCCAAGAACUUCAGUGACACACUCAAGGUCUACUUCAAGGACGGAAAAGUGGUUAAUGUCUUUGCCAGCGCCAACCGCCUCACCCACCAGACCAGCAUGAUCCUGCUCUCAUUCAAGAGCACUGCAUAA